AUGAACUCAGUAAUUAAUCCAAUCUUCUUUUCAGCCAUUUCCCCAUUUCUGAUGUCCAAGCCGACUCUUUUCCCGGAGAGUCGACGUAUCCUAGUAGAGCAUCAGUUAUGGUCCGAAUUCGACUCAACUUCCAACGCUCCUUCUAUUAAAUAUAGAUGCUUUGAAGAGCCGUUAAACGAGAUUUAUGCAAAGCAAUUUGAUUCAAAAAACGUCGCAAAAUUGGCUGUAAGUGAGAUCACCGACAAAAAAUGUAAAUUUCAGGACUUGAAGAUGAAACUUUGCUUAAUCUAUCAUUUCAGCUGGUCAACAAAAAAUUUCAACGUCUUAUUAAUGUUUACCUGUGUAAAAGUAAUUUCCAAGUCAUCGUAACGGGAGAUAAUGGUAGGUCAACGUAAGAAUUUGUUUGAUAAGACCGUACAGCGAGCCAUUGCAAAUAAAAAUAACUGUAUAAGCAUAGGGCAAUUUUUAAAAUUUUCCAAAGAAGUUGUUAAGAUACGCAGAAAGUUUUUAUACUACAUUUUAAAAUCACAAUCAACUGAAUUAUAGAGAAAUCGUCCUCAUUGAUCCUGGAAAACAAGCUUCACCGGAUUUACUGCCAAUUCCCAGAAUUAAAGCGGCUCCGAGCUGCCGGUCUGCUCAAAUGGAAACCUCAAGCCUUGCAAGUCUUUCAUAUGUCGUCUUUCCCAGAAUGGACCAUCUAUACUGCCGAAUUUACUGGUAAGGACAUCUUGGAGCAAGAAAGAUCAUCAUUAAAAAAAUAGACAUCUUUCAUUUCCAACCGAAAAAAACAAUGAUUUUCGGGGCAAAAGGACCCUACUACAAAAGUUUUUUUGACUCCAAAAAAAUGGCGACCAUUUCUUGAAAGAUCUUGGAAGAUAUCUAUCUUGGCCAUGUCUACAAAGCACAAGCUAUCAUUUUUGUAACUUGACAGAUAGCCAUGACAAAUUCAUUGUUCUGUUUUGACAUUGCUUUAUGUAGCAUAUCAAAUUUUAGUAAGCCUUUUUAUGACACAUUUUUUCACGUAUUUUACUUCUAUCUUUUCAGAGCUAGAACAGCUUUGCAUAGCCCCAGUCCAUCCCACAAAUCCAGAGCUGAAAUCCGUCUUAAACAACGCCACUCAACUCAUUACCAAUUCUGCGAAAUCGCUGAAAAAACUUCGCUGCAAUCAAGCCAUCUUGAAGCAUUCCAAAUUUCCACCCGUUUCGUUGCAAUACUGCGGAUCUCCAGUCUUUCGAAUCAGUAAGUUCAUCAAGUGCUGCUACUAAAGUUGAUAUUUAAAAACAAUUCUUUGUGCUCUUUCUAGACGGUAAAAUAUACGGGCUCCGACCGCCAAAGAGCGAGUCUCUCAACGACUCUGCAACUCAAUUUUCUUUGCUCGAGAGGACUCGGGAAGUUGAUGAGGUUCGUCCAGUCGAAGCCUUGCUCGCCCAAAACAUCCGCCGAUUUGAUCUUGAAGCUCAUUCGUACAUCACUUUCAAUCAACUGCGGUAAGUAAAAAUGCGAGAAAAUUAGUCAUUCAAAUUUUGUAAAGAAGACUUUUUGCGUUAAAUUUUGCAUCUUAUUUUAGCCGAGACUUCAAACUGAAUUCGAAUAUCAAAGAGCUCAAAUUCGGAUGGGAAUCGGAUUCGCUGGAGAAGACGGCAGCGGUUUUGUCGACGUUUGAGAAGCAUGGAGAGGAUGUAGAGAAAAUCGUCUUCAGCGACAAACAAAUUGUAAGUUCAAUUGAGGCUUGUAGUCAUGGUGCUAGAAGUGCGACGCUCAGAUUUUGAUGAGACUUGGCUCAAAUUUAAAAUGAUUUUUUCAAAGAUAUUAUGCAAGACUGACUCCUUGGCUCGAAAUUUACAAAAACGAACGAGAUUUGGAGGCCGGAACUUGGCAAAUUAUGACAGUUUUUUUUAUGAAUUUUGGCAUGAAAAGCUUUGAGCUUAUUUAUACUGUUUCCAAAAAAAAAUCAAUUUUUUUUCUGCACGAAGCUGGCAAAGGUAUGACCAAAACAUGCUUUUCGGUCUGACCGCUCUCGGAGUUUUGCUUACUCUCUUGUCGGAAAAGACCGUUGAAUAUCUCGGCGCUCGAUAGAGCGGGAGCUAAAAUUUUAAGAGUUGAUACUUGGCCUAUGUCCGGAGGGUGUGCAAAACUUGAAGAAAAUUUGAGCGUCACACUUGGCACCGUUCCCUUAUGAGCCAAUUUUCUUUAAAACCGCCGGCAUAUCUCAUGCAUUUCCAAAGUUUUUCCCAUAACAUCCCAUUCGGACACUUGCACUUUUCUUCAGCUAUAUUUUUUAGGCCCCAUCCCACCUCCGUGACUUCGACUACACUCAACUCUUAAAAUACGCAAGAAAAUUCAAGGACUACUCCGAACUCACUUUCAACUCCAAAUUCGAUAUCAACUUUACUGUUGAAUUUUGGCUCAUCCAAUCCAAGAAAGACUUCCUCCGAUUUCAACACGAAGACGGACUUUACUCCAAGCAAAUCGAGAUUCUUUACUCCAAAUCGGGUCUGAAAAUCCAGUGGAUUAACAACGAUUUUGCUUUAAACCUCAACGAAUUUGAAGACAACGAUCUCUCAAGGAAAAUUCAAGUGUUUGCGAACACAUUGAAGAACUCUGUCGACAAGAAAAACAUUCCAAAUGGACCACAUCGGAUCAGUUAUUACUAA